AUGUAUUACUUCCAACACCAGGAAGCUUUGGCCAAAAUCGAUCAGUUUCGCCUAAACAGCCUCAGAGAGGUCGAACGGGCACUUGGCGUAGCGCCGCCAGAAACCAUUUCUAUAGGUCCGGAACGUCCACUGUACGAGGCAUGUCGUAGCAUGCUAUCGUCCAGGGCACGUCGAGUACCUUUGGUUUCAUAUGACAGUCAAACAGAAAGGCCACUAGUUGUCAGCGUACUCACCCAGUACCGUCUUCUCAAAUUCGUCGCGGUAAACGUGGCAGAAACGCAGAAGUUACGGAAGCCAUUAAAGGAGAUCAAUCUCGGAACUUACACCGACAUCGUAACGGCCUCGAUGGACACUCCCGUUAUUGAUGUUAUCCACAAGUUGGUAGAAAGGAGCAUAUCAAGUGUGCCCAUCGUCAACAGUGAAGGCAUUGUAUAUAACGUAUUCGAGGCCGUUGACGUCAUCACGUUGAUCAAGGGAGGUGUAUAUGACGACCUCAAUCUGGAGGUAGGGGAUGUAUUAAAGAAGCGCUCCCCAGACUUCCCUGGAAUUUAUACUUGUUCCGUCGAAGACGGGCUGGAUACCAUCCUUGACACCAUCCGUCGAUCCAGAGUCCAUCGCCUGGUAGUCGUCGAUGACCACUUUCGUCUCCGAGGAGUCCUUGCAUUAAGUGAUAUCCUCCAUUACCUACUUCUAGAAGGUGAGCAGGAUGAGCCAUGA